GAGCAAUGUUUGCUUUUUCUUUUGUUCUCUUAUUGCUUUCUGUCUACGGCACUUUAUGCCAACAACUGCAGGAGUGUUCCGACCCAGCUGCAAGCCCGGAAGCUUCGCCAUGUCCCAAUGGGGUUUGCCCAACUGGUUACACCUGCAUCAAUUCACCAAGAGGAGAAAUGUGCUGCAAUAGCAGCAUGGUGUACGAUGUCACGACCGCGAUAGCCACCACUGCUACUACAACAGCGCCUUGUGUUGACCUCCUUAAUCCAAGAACUGGCACCUCGGACUGUCCCAAUAUGGUAAACUUCUGCAACAACGCCCUUUACUACACCCUUAUGACACAGCAAUGUCCUAAGACAUGCAACAGAUGCCCGGGAACACCAACAGCCGCGCCACCAUCUCCAGCGUGUGCAGAUCUAGUGCAUUGGCAAACAGGAGUGUCAGAUUGUCCACGUUUAAGUUACCUUUGCUACAACAUCUAUUACACACAACUAAUGUCUGUACAAUGUCGUAGGACAUGCGGUUACUGCUAAUUGUUCUGAAUAAAUAUGGC